UAUAACCCGGUGCAUUGGCUAGUUCAAGUCACAGAUUGUUUUAGUCUUUAAACAAUUUUCACUCGCUGAAAAUCACAUCAUGAGUUUCAAGGUAUUGAGCAUCUUGGCGUUGGUCUUCCUGGUUUGCGUCAUCACGACGGCCGCCAAUCCAGCAUCAGAGGAAAAUGCUACGGAAACGGCCCACGGCAAGAAAUCGGAACACGGAUGGAAUAAGCAUGAUGCGGCUGAGAGACACAACUCCACCAGAACUCACCACCGCUUCUACCCGAGGAAGACGAAGGAAGACAAGAAAGCCGAGAAAGAAACGGUGAAAACCCAAAGAGACACCGAAAGCAGCAGAUUAUACUUGUUGUGGCGGAAAAACUUUGAAGCCGCCAUGAAAGCUGCUCGUCUUACGGCUGAUGAGGAACCCACUAACCUGGAAGCGGUCCAAGUUGUUGCUACCCUUGCGGUUGUGGAACCCGCCCCUCUUCCGGCUGACGAACUUUCUACCCUGGUAGAUCUGGAGUCUGUUGUAGUGGAGCCGGUUGAUCCCGAUUCUCUUGCUGUGGAAGUCGAAUUCGCUCCCGUUCCGUCUUCUCACCUAUGGAAGUGGUGGUGGGGAACAUAUGACGAAGACACUACCGAAGUCGAGGCAGCAGUUGACACCGUCGAAUAAUGUUUGACAUUAUCAUCAGCUCGAUUUGACGCGUACUGAAGAUUGCGUUCAAUUUCGUUUUUCUAUGAUUUAGGUGGCAAUCUGUGUAAGAUGUUGUUGUCCAAAUAUAUAAUCAAUGAAUUGCAGCAGAGAUAACGGUAGCUAUUCUUAUGAUUGAUUUCAUCCUAUACAUAGACACACUUAUAGAUUUCUUUCUCUGUCCUAAGACACAGCAAUAACAGCAUAUUAAUUCUGUCUUGAAAUGAAAGGUGUAGAGAGAA